AUGCUUGACUGGGGAGCUGAUCAAGUCCAUCACCGAAACCAUGAUCUUUAUCAACAACAGCAGCAACAACCAGGGUGUAGAAAGGGACCAUGGACACCUGAAGAAGACAAACUUCUUGCUGAGUAUGUUUCUUCGAAUGGGGAAGGAAGAUGGAGCGCUGUUGCUAAGUGUGCAGGAUUAAAUAGAAGUGGCAAAAGUUGUAGACUAAGGUGGGUGAACUACUUAAGGCCAGGGCUUAAGAGAGGACAAAUCACUCCUCAAGAAGAAGGAAUCAUCCUAGAACUUCAUUCCCUUUGGGGUAACAAGUGGUCAACAAUAGCAAGAUAUUUACCAGGGCGAACAGAUAAUGAAAUCAAGAACUAUUGGAGAACCCAUUACAAGAAGAAAGAAAAAUCUUUUUCGAAGCAAGAAAAAGUCAAAAGAUCCCGAAAACCGCUUGAUCUGAAACCCCAACCACAACAGCAAUCUCAGCUUGUGUCUCAAGACCACACAAAUCUCGAAAACGAGCAAAACACUUUCUCUUACCCGAGUCACCCAACUAGUGUCUUCAGUGACCAAUUUCAUAUGCCUCAAAGUGUUGCAGCUACCUCAAGCGACCACUCCAUGAUGGAUGAAGGUAACUUGUGGGGAAGCUUGUGGAGUCUAGACGAUGAUGAUCCACACCGUUUUGCUAGUGGCUCUGAACCGAUAACAACUGCUAAUAUUGUUGAGAAGUUUAACGGCGGUGGAACUGAUGCUCCAUUCUGUGGAUCAUGGGACUAUAGUUAUAAUGGAUCUAACACUGGAGGCUAUUAUUAUUAA